AUGUCAUUAGAAGCUGCUGGUGAGAAAAGAUACGAUGUCGCUGCUACUGCUUCGCGAUUAUACAUUUAUGAAAACGAUGAGUUGAAGUUGCAGUAUGAAGUCAACUCGAUGAAGUCGUUAUUAUGGGAGAAUUACGAGACAAGACUGAUUAUACUUGUUAAUCACGGACAGGAUAUCAAGAUAUAUACUAUCGAAAAGCAGAAUCUCAACUUGGAGCAAGAUUUAGUGGUAGAUGUUGGGUACCAAAUAGAUUCAUUUUAUGCCAUUUGGUCACUGUCCACACUCCUGGUUUACGACAAAGUAAGGGCAUCUCUGAACAUUUACAACAUAGACAAACGUGAAGAUUUGGGCUACAUCACGAUUGAUUCUGAAAAUAGUAAAGUACAUGUAUUAAAGGAUCGAGGUUUCCAACUCAUAGCGGUUAAUUACGACAACCAAUUGAAAACUGUAUGCCGAUUCUGUAAUACCUAUGAGUUCAACCAAUCAGGCCAGGUUGACCUAUUGACCACAGUUGUUUUACCCAUAGGGUAUCAUAAAUACCAUAUUGUUCGCUCUUAUAUGUCUGCUGAAACGGAAGAGGUUUUUUACCCAGUAUAUGGCAUUGUCAUGACGAACAUAGCCGAAGAUAAGUCUUUAAUUUACCUGAUGUUCAAUAAUGCGAAAUGCCCUUUCAAGGUCCGCACCGUCAUUUACAGUAAGGGUGCAACUAACAUCCAAGACAAGUGGGUGGAUCCAGAAACAGAAUGUUUAUAUAUCAAAACAGCUCACGAAUUGGUCUCAGUCCCGUUCUUCCACGAAACUGACCGUACCCUUUGA